AUAUGAUUCUAGAAAAGACAGAGCUUGUCCUUUUAUUCCAUAAAGCUCUAAUUUUUUCAAUAAUAUUUGAUGGUCGACAGUAUCAAAUGCUUUUUUUAAGUCAAUUAAGACUACCAGGUUAAACAUUUUGCGGUCUAAAUUUAUAUACCAAUCAUUUGUACAGUCAAGUAAUGCUGUAGCUGUAGAGUGAAAUUUACGAAAACCGAAUUGACAGUCACUCAGAAGGUCAAAUUUGGUUAAAUAAUUGUAUAGCUGAUCGUACACAAUUCUUUCCAUAAUUUUGCUAAUGACAGGCAGAACUGAAAUUGGUCUGUAAUUUCCUGGCAGGUUUCGUUGGCCAUUUUUAUAGAGAGGUAUUACUCUAGCCGUUUUCCAUUCGUGAGGGAAAAGGGAUAGGAUAAUAGCUUGAUUGAAAAUAUAUGUGAGUGAAUCUGAAAUAGCAGGUGCAGCUAUUUUAAUAAUUUUACUGGAGAUCUUAUCAACGCCGGUGGCUUUGUUGCUAGAAAGACCAUGUAAAAGAUGGUAGACAUUGCUGACAGUGACUGGCUGGAAUGCACUGAAUUCUGAUUUAGCCUUUUCAAUAUAUGUUUGAAAGUUCAAAUUUGGAGUAUCAAUUUUGCUAGCUAGAUCAGGGCCAAUAUUUGAAAAAUAAUUAUUAAAGCCCUCCGCAAUAUCUUUGGUAUUUGUCAAACUAUUUUCACCUAAUUUUAACUCAUUUACUACUGUUGGUUUGGUUUGCCUACCUACAUGUAGUAUAUCGUUUAUAGUUUUCCAAGCCUCUUUAGGGUUGCAUUUUUGAUCAGAAAUUUUAGUGGAGUAAUAUUUUUUUUAGCAUUUCUUAGCUGAAUAUUAACUUUGUUUCUCGUUGUUUUGUAAUUUAACCAGUCUAUCUCUAGGUUUGUAAUAAUGGCCUUUCUUUUUAAUCUGUCCCUUGUGAUUAUAAGUUGCUUUAUAGCACUUGUAAUCCAAGGAACUUUUUUUGUUCUAAUCUUUUUAUGUUGAAGUGGUGCAUGGUUAUCCAAGACCUCUACGAAUAAUUUCUUCCAAAUUUCCCACAUAGCGUUAGGAUCUUCAGCGAAGAAGUAUACAUUUUCCCAGGGUUGUUGCCUCAGAUCCUCAUCAAAUUUUUGAUGAUCAAAUUUUUUCAUAUUUCUUAUCUCAACUUUCUUCUCUUGUUUUUUAACAACAGAAAUUUUCCUUAUUGCAAAUACCAAACUAUGGUCACUUAAUCCAGUAUGGAUAACACCAGCGUCAGAAAUUUUCUCUGGUGUAUUGGUGACUAUAUGAUCAAUAAGACUAGAGGUUGUCAUAGUUACUCGGGUAGCUUCAUCAAUCAAUUGUGACAAUUGAUACAACUCAUACAGUGUUUUGAUUUUCUUUGUUGGAGAAUUUGAAUCUAUGGUAUAUACGAGGCCUAUAUAGUAAAUAUUAAGUUUAUUCUAAUCAACAUUUCAGGUAUAUAACGAGACAAUCCGAGAUCUGCUAAUGCCUGGUAAAGCAUUGGAUAUCAGGGAAGACCCACAGAAAGGUGUCUGUGUGAGGAAUCUCACAUUACAUCAGGUAAAAGAUUGAAUGGAUAGUAACGGCUUAUUCACCGAUCGUGAGGUCUGUACUGUGAAAUAUCAGACCGAGGUCUUUUAGUAUUGACCUAGCGACGAAGGAGCGAGGUCCAUGCAAAAAACAGAGGUCUGAUAUUUCACAGUACUAACCGAACAGGCGAGGUCAAUAAUCGGUUUAUUAUAUGGCUGAACUGAGUCUGUGAGCAUAUGCUUUUUGUGCGAAUUAAAUCGGCUAUCGUCAGUUUUACUGGGUAACAAUAUACGGUAGGCAUGCAUGCUCAAUCAAAAACAAUUUCAUUGGUUGUUUGAAAUUUUUAUCUGUUAAUUUUAAUGACACACAAUUGGAAAAUUAAAAAGCAAAAAAAAUUUCUGUUUGCAAAGCAAAAUUUUCCGCCAGAUAGACGACAUCCGGGACACCAGUCCAGACACGGAAAAUACGGACCACGGUCCGGAUAUGGGUUUUUACGGACCGCUUGUCAACCAAUCAGAAUAGAGAAUUUUGAAAAGCCAUAUAUAACAAUACUGUAUAUUGCUUUAUUUGAAAACAUUUUUAUUUUAAUUUGUUUAAAUUAUUCUGAAGUAAACUGUUAUAAUUAUUAUACUAUACUGAGAGCAGGAUUCAAGAAAUUCCUUAAAUCCACUGAAAUCAUAUUGUGGACAGGUAAUGUAUUGUGACUAAUUUAGGAUAGAUCUUGACAUGAUCUUAAACAUGAUGGCAUUCUCGUACCCAGAGACCUUCUUACGCGCGGUCAACGGAGCGCGCAACGAGGGGCUCUGGCCAAGUCCAUAUCAAACUGGCAUCUGAUUGGCUAAAACGAAGGAUAUUGUUCUAUAUAUUUUUUACCAUGUUUUUAUGGUAUCCUGUUUUGGAUUUGGCCAGAGCCCCUCGUCGCACCGCGCGUAGGAAGGGCUCUGGGUACGAGAAUGACAUGAUGCCUUAUAACUGACUCGUACCCAGUCCCUGAAAUGAGGAUUGAAAAAAUAAUGGUGCAUGAUGGGAAUGAUCAAGGCAUCGCACAGUUGGUAAACUUACUAAACUCGCAUUUAUUGCUGGAGAUUCUAUCCUCCAACAUGUACAUGGCUGCAUGGGAAUUGUCCAACGCCGAGCAACGUGUGUCAGUAAAAUCCUUCUUAGGAAGUAGAGCAGAAGACAUGCAAGAUUAUUUAAAACCUUUGAUACGCAAAAGGCCGGACACAAUGAUAUUGCAUGUAGGUACUACAUUAUGGCAUUAAAGAUGACACCAAAUCAGCAGAGGUAGUCGCAGCGGGAAUUCUAAACUUACAGUAGGUACUAAAAUUAAGGAUAAUUUACCGCGCACUAAAGUAUGCAUAUCUGUCAGGAAAGACAAAGCUGCCAUUCAAAACAAGAUAAAGAAAGUCAAUGAUUUCCUUAUGCGUGUUUGUGGCCAAAAUAGAUGGAUUUAUAUAGAUAACAGUAAUAUAGAUUAUAGCAAUGUUUAAACAGGCGUGGGCUACACUUAAAUAAAAAGGGUAGUGGCAUUAUCAGCAGGAAUUAUAGUGAUUAUUUUAAUAAUCAUAAUUGAAAUACAGCCAGGCCAGGUAUUGAUAAGUGUGCACCAUUAAAUCCAGACUUUCCUGAUGUUAAAGGUUUUAAAAUGAGCAUGCUUAAUAUAGCUAGUUUACCUAAGCAUAUUGAAGAAGUAAGAAUCAUAUUGGCCGAUCAAUGUCUCGAUAUACUUGCUUUGAAUGAGACAAGAUUGGAUGACAAUGUUGGUAAUCAGGAUAUGCAUAUAAUUAGAUAAUUAUGAUUUAAUUAGGUUUGAUCGUUCUAGAAAAGGAGGCGUCUGUAUAUAUGUUAAAAAUUCUAUUAGCUUUUUCCAACGAAAAGAUUUGACCAGAGAUAAUCUUGAGGCUGUUUUCAUCGAGAUUCAUAAACCUUCUAGUGCAUCCUUUAUUGUCGGAACAAUCUACAUAUAUAACCUCCAAGCUACCUCCUCCGCAGGCGCUUAGGGAGCAUUUCGGGCAGGUUCGGAAAAUGCGGGUCACAGGCGAGAGCGCCUGCCGAGUAAUGUUUUCAAGAUGGCGGGUGCUAUAAAUCGAAAUUUUCAUUUUGACUUUACUAAUUACUAUUAUGACUUAAUAUACAACAUACAUACCAGCACUGAUUUAAUAGAUCUAAAUAAUAUUUAGAAAUAGCAUCCAGUGGUCUUGGUAGACUAAAAAGUACUUAUAACUAGCCACCGCUUUUCGAUGCCGAUGGAGACUGUUUUAUAAAGUGUUUAUACAAUGCAAAUACAACAAUAACAACAUCAACGAUAUUACAUGCAUCUACAUAUUUUGCUACUAAGCCUAUGAUAAGCCAUUUCAAAUACUUUAGAUAUGAUUCAAACAUCAGUCUGCAUGAAACAGUAAAAGCACAAUUUGAAAGAUGGAUAUGGUGAAAAACUGAAAAUAUAUUUGCAUAUUAAAAAAUAUAUUCACAAUGUAUUAAAAUAGAAGUAAUAUAGCGUCUCAUUGUUCGCUUGUUCUUUGUCUUUUGAGUGAUAAUAACACAAUGUCUGCAUGUAGAACUCCAUUACCACAAAAAUCUACAUACCAAGUCCAUUUCAAAAGACGAUAUAUUGAGAGUAUCGACAUCGCUGCCGUCGAACGACCAGCAUAACUGAUGUCAAUAUGUCAUAUGCCCAAAAAUACUGUUUCAUGUUUCAGCGGAUCAAAUUUCUUCAGAAUGUAAUUCGAAACAAAUCAGAAGGCCCAGAAGAUAAAAGACGUCAUGUCGCGGAUGGUGGGAUGUGGAUGAACAGCAGAUCUUGGUGCACUUUAAACUUAAAUAAUAUUUCUCUGUAUUUUCUGCGUUCUCGUAUAAAUAUGACGCCGGUCGUAUAUCGAUUUCUUUCUUUAUUUGCCGUAUUUCCAUUUGAUAUUUUUGUCAGCAAGUCCAGAAUUAAUCCAGCUUACGUGAGAAAUUAAUUUGAACUAAUGAUGGACGAAAUUUCAAAGAGAUUUUUUUGGAUUCCCGAUUCCUCUGUAUUUUCUGCAUUCUCGUCCAAAUAUGACGCCGGUCGUAUAUCGAUUUCUUUCUUUAUUUGCCGUAUUUCCAUUUGAUUUUUUGUCAGCAAGUCCAGAAUUAACCCAGCUUACGUGAUAAAUUAAUUUGAACUAAUGAUGGACGAAAUUUCAAAGAGAUUUUUUUGGAUUCCCGAUUUUCGACACAUAUUCCCGAUUUUCGACACAUUAUAUGGCAGGCCCUUCGCGCUUCGCUUCAAGUUCUAAAAGUGGCCCGCAAAAAUUUGCACCGCCCGCAAAUGUGCCCGGAAAAAGGGCCUGCGGAGGAGGUAGACCUCCAAGUGCUUCGGUUGACUCAUUUGCCGUAAUAGAACAAUUAGUGAAACUACUAGACGACGAGAAUAAGGAAUUCUACUUACUUGGCGAUUUAAAUGCCAACAUCCUAGAUAUUUCAAAUAAUGCCACAAAGAACUUAGUUUCAAUAAUGGAACAAUAUCAAUUAACACAAACAAUUAGAAUAAGUGCACCCACUCGUAAGACCAUGACUUCAUCUUCUUUGUUAGACGUUUGUCUCACUCCUACUCCAGAGAAGUUAAUUACAUCCAGAGUAGUGCCGAUUACUAUUAGUGACCAUUACAUGAUCGUCGUUGUUCGUAAAAUAAAUAUCCAUUGUAAACAAAAACGCCACAAGAAAGUUGAAUUUCGAAAUUUAAAAUAUUUUAAUGCCGAAAAGUUUCAUGCUGACUUGCGAAGUUAGGAAUGGGAAUCGUUAGAUAACCAAUCCUGCGUUGAUAAGAUGUGGGAUGUAUGGAAAACACUUGUUAUGUCACAGUACUAAAUAAACAUUCCCAAUUAGAGAGAAAAGAGUGAAGAUCAAACCAUUAGUGUUCCUUGGUUAACUAGAGUAGGGGACGAGAGUAGGAAGACGAAAACAGAAUUUUAAUGUGGUUAGGUGUAAAACCGAAAAAGGAAGGACAUCUUUACGGUACAGAGGUCCUAUAGCAGGCUUUCUUGCCAUCCUACUUUUUCCUACUUUUCUUCAACUUUCCUACUUUUCCUAUUUUUUAUUAAAAAUUGCUUGAUUUUCCUACUUUUUCCUACUUUUUCUCAUAAAAUCCUACUUUUUUAAGACAGCUUGGGGAAUCAGUAUGUUAUAGCUCUCGUAAUUAGAUCUAUAGGACUCGUAAUUUUUAUUCCCUAUUUGUAUCCCAGAUGAUAAGAUCUCAGGAGGAGAAGAAGUACAUUUUCCAAGUAUAAAAUUUCAUAGCAUCUCUAGAAUCAUAAUCAAUAAAUUAACGAAGACUUUGAAAGUGCAUUACCGACGAUCUAGACAUUCCAAAUAUUCAACUCCCCCCCCCCCCCCCCAGUUAAUCAAGCAUCAUAUAUACAGGGCUGUAGCAACCGGGGGGCUGCAGCCACCCAAUAAUUUGUUAAUAAUCCUUUUUUUUUCAAAAUCAUGCAGACCUUUAUCAUUUAAUCCAUGAGAAACUGCAAAGAAUGAAGAUAUUACCCAUACUUUCCAGCAACUUAUCCAAUAUAUAGUUAAUUAAAUACGCCUUCGCCCAUUUAGUACUACUAAAUUGUAAAUUUCGACAUACUAAAACGCUGUUUUCUGACCAUUAGAAUUCUGUCAAAUCUUCCCCCAAAGUCCAGUAAAUUGCAUUUCAGAGACUCUAAAUUUAAAAAUUUCCUCGGGCCUUUGGCCCUCGCUUUCAGCCCUCCCCCAAUCGAAAAGAGCUUCCUACCGCCCUGAUAUAUGCUACUGCCGCAGUGUGGAUUGGUGCAUUGUGUAGCCUAAUACAUGCAUUUGAAUUGUGUUGCUGCGGAGCAGAUGCCUUAGCUUUUAUACCGAUGCAAUUUAAGAGUUUUGAGAAAAAAAAUCCUGCAUGGAUGAAUGAGUACAUAAAAAUAUUGAGCACAAUUCACAUAAAAUUCACACAACUUCCCCAUCAGAUAUCUAAUGUCAGAUGUCUACCCCUUACCACAUAUAUCCUAGGGGGGCCAAUUUUGUAUAUUUUUGUGUUAUUUGAAUCUCCAAACCUCCUACUUUUGUCCUACUUUUCUACACAUUUUCCUACUUUAUUCCUACUUUUCCUAAAAUUCUAGUCCUACUUUUGUCCUACUUUUCUACACUGGGAUGCCAGAAAGCCUGCUAUAGCAUGGAACUAACUUGAUAAUGACACUAAGGCGAUAGUUAAUAAAAUCGCAUUUAGAACUAAAAUUAGGAAUAGUCCAAACUUAGAUAGUAUAAAUUUUCUUAAAGAAGCAGCUGUAAAUAACAACAAGAAUACUAAAGACUUCAAAUAUUUCUAAAUAGGUAUGAUUUUGUCAAUUUUAUAUUAGUUUAGUUUCGCAGGUCCACAUGAGCUUUUAGUUGACAUAUAUGUAAUUAACCUGCAUUUCAAAUAAAGUAUGAAUGAAUGAAUGAAUAAUACAAGUAAAAAACAAAUUAGAGAACGAGAUCGUCUUAAACUCUUUGCAAUAAAAUAUAAAUCAGAAAACUACUGGAAUGCAUACAAAUCGUCCAGAAAUCGCGUAACUAAUGCAUUGCGAGAAGCGAAAAUAGGUUAUUAUACAGUACAAUUUGAAAAAGUCAAACAUGACCCAAAACAAGCUUGGAAAACUGUUAAUAAAAUCUUAAAUCGAAAACAAAAGUGUCCAGAAAUAAACUCUGUCAAAACCCAGAAUGGAGAAAUAUCUGAUCCAACUGAGUUAUAAGCAGAAUGUUUCAAUGAUUAUUUUACUAAUGUUGGCCCAGAUAUUGCCAAAACUAUCGAUAACAGUAACAGAAAUUUUACAGAUUACAUAACUAAAGCAACAAGCAACCUUAAGUUCUAAGCUGUGUCUGAGUCCAAAGUAUAUAUAGACUUCUUUUGUCCUUAAAUCCUUUUAAAUGUACUGGAAUUGACAAAAUUCCAGCUAAAAUUAUUCGUAUCUCUUGCUCAGUAAUUGCAAAUUCUUUGACAAAGAUUUUCAAUAUGGCAAUUAGGAAUGAGUUUGUUCCGUCUGAAUGGAAAAUAGCGAGAGUCACGCCCUAACACAAGAAAGCCCCUGGAAACCUGUUAAACAAUUAUCGCCCUAUAUCUGUCCUUCCUGUUGUAUAAGUAAAGUUUCGAAAAAGUAUUAUAAUUAUGAACAAUUUUUUGAUUAUCUUGUUAGAAAUAACUUGCUACCCAUCAAAUCAAUCCCACGCUUGUAAAUCUCGAGAGACCAAUUUACCUAUUUUACAAUCUACUGGGUUCGAAUAAACAGUGCGGAAUUUGCACAUCGUUCUGGACCAAACACAUGUAAUUGAUUGCGCAUCACUUUUCCAAACGAUUUGCAAAAAACUUGGGUAGACCUAUUCAUGAACAUCCAUUCAUAUUUAUAAAUAAAUCAAAGUCAAUCUGUUGUCUUGACUCUUGUAAUUUAUAAACAUGUUGUUUUUGCCUGGAAGGUGUCAAGUUUUAGCCGCCAUGUAUGACGAUCGAACAUGUGACUGAUUAAUGUUUUGUGUUACGUUUAAAUACCAAAGAUUGCAAACAAUGUUUAAAAAAGUAUUCAAAUAAUUAAAAUAUUGCAGUUUGAUUGAAAAGAUGUUUGACUGAAUAGCUAAGACAAUCAUGAACAUAUUUCAUAAAAAUUUCGGCCCACAUUUAAAAAAAAAUGUUACAAAUCUGUCUAAUGAGUAAUGACUAAUAUUAUUAUUUCGCAUAAAUACAAACAAUAUAGCAGAUAAUAGAUAUAGCACAGCAACACAAAUAUUAUCGAAAUCACUAGAGUGGCACUCUAAAGUCGGUUUUCCACUUCGCCCGUAUCGUACCGAAACGUACUGGUGAGCAUGCGCAGACUGAAAAGAGGUUUAUAAAUCCACUUACUUACGGGUGUAUUCGCGUAUCAAAAUAAAAAGUUCGUCGCAAGUUAACUUUUUGGCGUACUACGGAAGUACUCACCAAUCGACAUUAACGACAUUUUGAAAUUUAAAAACGUUUUUGAUACGUUUGGGUACGGUACGCUUGAAGUGGAAAACCGGCUUAAUUUAUAUAGGCACUCGACAGUCCAAUUGACCAUUUAUCCCAAAGGUCGCGGGUUCGAUUCCCACCGUGGUCAAGAAAACCUUUCAGUUUGCCCGAUGUGGAUUCACACUCCGAGUAACACCACAAACAUCAUAUUCACCUGAGUACAUAACACCAGCACACACAAAAAGUAUUACUGUAGUUAAUUGUUAUAGAAUAUAGUUAUAAUGUAUAGUACACUACAGCAUUGGUCACACGACCACAUCAGCUAUGACUGUACUCUGUAACAUUAUUAUCGUGUAUAAAUAAUAUUAAAUGCUUUUAUUAUUACAAUUAUUUUACUGAAUGAAAUUUUUAUUUCCACGUAGCCACACACUGCUGAGGACCUGUUUGGGAUGUUAGAGUACGGUAACCACAACAGAAGUCAACAUCCAACAGACGCUAAUGCGACAUCCUCCAGAUCACACGCUGUGUUCCAAGUCUUUAUCAGACAGAAGAGUGCGGGUUGUGGUCUCAAAGCUGAUUUUCAAGUGGCGAAAAUGUCUUUGAUUGAUCUGGCUGGAUCUGAACGUGCCACAGUGACAAAGAACCGCGGUCCUAGGAUGCGUGAAGGGGCGAAUAUUAAUAAAUCAUUGUUGGCUCUUGGGAAUUGUAUCAAUGCUUUAGCUGAGAAUAAGGUAGGUUUGUUUGAAUGCUUCAAAUAGAAUUUCGCGCAAUAGUGGCAUUUGAGUACUUCGGCAAAUUAUUCGACUUCCAUCACUGUGCAAGGCUAGAAAUUUAUAUUCAUUUCGCUUUACACAGUAUUUAACAAUUAUUUACUAAAGUGGGCGUUAAUAGUGCAAGAAUAUUCGCGUCGAGGUGAAAUAUCCCUUGCACUAUUUACCGACUCUGAGAUGAAUAGUUGUUUUAGCACAAUACAGUACAAAAAAACAAAACAAAAUUGUAAAAAAACAAUGAAAAUAUUUUUAAAACAAUCCGUAUACAUUACUAUUCAGCUCACUCCCCAUUGGCGCUUUUCGGCAGUUACCGAUUCAGGGUGUUAGCCAGAAGUAAAUAAAAAUCCGCCUUUACCUGAAAUUGGGAAAUUUAUUUUAGCCUGAAGCCAGGCAUUUCUUUGUGGGUCUGGGGGCAUGCGGUUGCCCCUCUGAUUUUUAAAAUUUUUUGUGUCUUUGAAAUGGCAUUUCCCGCAUUUUGGGAGUAAUUUUGAGCAAAGGUAGUUAUAAACAUGUUUUUAACUAUUUUUUGGCUGACCCAAAUUGGGAAAUUGUGACCUCAAGGUAAUUGGGAAAACCGCGUUUAACGCGGAAUUUUUGACUGUAGCUAACACCCUGCGAUUACAUCAAUGUUACUUACUUAGUCUUAGUUACGUUAUGUUACUUACUUAGCCUGGACUAUUUAUCUUUACAACAAUUGACAUAUUACUUUCCUAACUGUCAUGUUCACCCUAAUCCACCCUGCCAACUUCCCCUGUGAGAGGAAACCGGAGCACCUGGAGGAAACCCACGACUUCCAGCAGAGCUUUGACAGACUCUUUUCACAUGAGUUCGUAGCGAGAAUCCAACGCUUGCUCUGACGACUGAAGCCCCAGCUAUUACGGCUUGGCAGUUCCCGUAGUAGUUGUAAACAAACCAUUGCUCACCAAUAUCAAGGGUAAAUUAACUUUUAAAAAAUGUUUUCCAUUUUUUUUUUAAAAAUCAAGUGAAAUCCGAACCACAUGAUAUUAUCUGGCUAGGCCUCAUUAUCGGAUUUUAAUGAAUUAAUGCCGGUAUAUCUUCACAUGUUUCAUAUUCACAUUAAAUUUUUGCAGAAAAACAUUCAUAUCCCAUAUCGCGAUAGUAAACUGACAAGAAUUCUCAAAGAUUCUCUUGGCGGAAAUUGUAGAACAGUCAUGAUUGCUGCUGUCAGGUAAGAUGACAUAGAGUAGCAUGCAUUCACAGAGCAAUACAUGUACUGUAACAUUUGGCAAUAGGGGCGCACCAGAACCAAUUUUUUUAAGUUCCGGCUGGAACUAGAAAAAAGUUUCGGCCGGAACCGGAACUGAUUGAUUAAGUCAUAUCUAGUCAUAUGUUACUUUGCCUGCUGCCAGACAGGCAGACAUUUAAGUCAUUGGUAAGAUACGUCUAACCUAGGCUGCGAACUGGAAAGGAGGGACUGCAGACAACAUAUCAAGAAACGAAAUAUACGCCCACUUUUCGCACUGCGCCUUAGCUCCAAUUUAAUUAUUUUGACGUUGUAAAAAAGUAACUGUUUAUAUCGUAUUGUUUUAAAAGUAAAAAUUCAAGUUUACAUGCAGUGAAACAACGACGUUUUCGUUUUACAAGCAAAAAUACAUAGCAAAUUAGUAAAACAUUAAAUUGUAUAUUACUAAUUAAACGCUUCAGACAGUAUGAAUAAAAAUGCUACGAGAUUUAAGUAAUAUGACAUAAUUUGACGGUUGACUUUUAAAUUUGAAAACAAUGCAUUUACACUGUACGUUAAUUAACUGUAACUUUUUGAAAUUCAAAAAAGGAUCUAUCAAUCAACUAUAUCAUCCAAUAGAGGAGUUUUUGUGUGGACAAACGCAUAUUUCGUUUCUUGAUGUGUUGUUUGCAGUCCCUCCCUUCCUUCUAAGGAGGGACUGCUCGCAGUCUAAGGAGUUAAAGAGUAGACCUAUGUCUAACCGAAAACUCGUUUACUGACACAAUUAAACUUGUAUUGCGUUAGAUACAGUAUACCUUUUCGUAUGAUGUGUAUAAUGUGGCAAGUCUCGCUGUUUAUGGGUUUAUAUUAUAAUGUUCCUAACCCGUUAACAGCGAACACGGACAGAUCGAUGCAUGGCGACUGACAAGAAAAAUGGAGGGCUUGUUGUUUGAUUGUAGGUUAACUAUGGUUUGAACUACUUUGAAGAGUCAUGAUCGCUUGGCCUCCCGUGGAGAAGGGGGGGACAGGGGUAUUUUUGGUUUUGGGACUUGAGUGGGAGCCCCCCCCCCAAAAAAAAAAUUUCAGGGUUUUUUUAUUUGGGGUAAUUCCCCCUCCUAUAGUCACAAACCCAGACAUCAUUUCCUAUGCUAACCUAUUUCCAAGUGAGGGGAUAGAAAUUAUGUCUGGGUUCACCAACGGCACCUCCCAGUAAUUACCUAUUUUUAUACUCAAGGUAUAUAUGCCUUACUGCUUACCAGUUAAUAUUAAUAAUGACAUUCAUAUUCCAUUUUGGGGGGGAUGCCCCCCCCCCAGAAUUUAGCUAUUUUCAGAUUUGAGGUGAAAACCCCCUGUCCCCCCCCCCCCCGCAAAAUACCCAGGGGGAGAGGCUGGCACCAACUACCAGGGUUCGAACAAAACUUGAUAGUCCUUACAUCUGAAAGAUAAAAUUCAAGACUUGGAUAGUCCUUGAAUUUCUAAAGAGCCAAAUAGGUGCUUGAAAGUCUUUGAGAUCUUUCUGUUUUAAUUUGUGGAUAUUUUCUGAAAUUUGCUUGAAAUUAGAAUACGGAAAUGUUAUUGAAUUGAUUCUGUUCAAAGCUGGUUGAAAAUUCAUUCAAAUUGUAAUUUGAACUGUUUGUUUAACGUCACUUUCGACUGAUUUCUAACGCCUUGUCGGCCGUGUACACACGUAUAAAUGUUACAACUUGUCGACAAGAUGUAUUCGCAUCAGGCUUGUAGCAAGCUUGUAACAAUGUUGCGACUGAAUAACACAAGUUGUUGGAAUAUCAUUGCCACAAGUCUGUUGCAGGUUUGUUACAACUUGUGCGUUUUACGUGUGUAGUCCUUGAUUUUCCUGACAUGUGGCCUUGAAAGUUCUCGUAAUAUUUAUAAAGAUUACACAUAAAAAUGUUCUUCCAUUGUGAUUGGUUGCUUUCAGUGCAGUUGCUCUUUCUGAUACAAACCCUGACUAUAUGACCGAACCAAGUCUUGCUCACGCGACCCAAUAUCCAUCAUAUUUAGGGCACUGUCUUCUCUCGUCAAAAAAUCUAGACAAUCAAAACAAUGCGAAAAGCGACUUUUCAAAGUUGUAACUGUUAAUGUACCAUUAUACACACAUCUUCGAUGAUAUUUCGCAGUGCCGGGUCCCAGCUCAAAAGGGACUCCCAAAGAAACGAAGGCCCAUAAAAUUUCUUGAUGUACUAUUUCAGAUAUGAGCAGCAGUGUUUUAUCAGAUAAAAGAUACGAGGCGAAGCCCAGUAUCUUUAGGCUGAUAAAACACGCGCUGCGAAUGUUUUAAAUUGCUUCAAAAACGAUAAGUUCUUUGGCGAAGUAAUUUUCAAAAAAUACGUUGUGUAUGUCGAGAAAAUCAAAGUUAAAGUUUAUGUCAAUCAAGGGAAAUCUCUAUCACAUAUAAAGAUACAACACGCUUAUGAUUUUUCUUUGUGUUUUACUCAUGAAUUAUUAAUGAGUUUUUGAAAAAAAAUUCUUGACUGAGAAUAUAAAUCCUAGCUGCGUUAGUGCCGGAUAAUAUGCAUUAAGGUAUAUUGUAAAACACCACGUACUACUUCCGUUUUCCCUAUCAUGUGAAGUUGUUUGAAAUUCAUUAAAUGAAUGUUUAUGAUGUCAUAGGGCUCCUUGGGAGAGUUUAACCCGGGCCCUGCGCAACAUUUCAGCGGCCCUGUCGCGUCAUAACAUCAUGAGAUGUGCAUGUUGAACUGUCCCUAAUAUCCUUUUCUUAUUUUCUCUAGUCCUUGCGGUUUGUCAUACGACGAUACGUACAAUACAUUGAAAUAUGCUGAUCGAGCUAAGAGUAUUAAAUCAAAUCUGAUUAAGAAUGUUGUCAGUGUCGAUCUACAUGUCAGUCGAUAUGCCAAGCUUGUUAAAGAACUCCAAGAAGAGGUAACUUUUCCUACAUUUAUUUAUCACCCGAAACACUAGUCUGGACAGCCCUUCAGGUAUCCGUUUGAAGUCGUGGCUAAUAAUAAUUUGGGUAUGGUUAAUACUGCUUUUUCUCUACUGCUCCGGCUAUUAGGGAGUUCAUGAAUGUAAGACGGCGACGUCAGGACGACGCGCUAUCAAUACAAGGACAUUAAUCCGAUAGCACAAAAGAAAUGGAUAAUUAAAAGUAUAGUAGAGGUUUUAGACGUCGUCCAAGCUCUGCAUAUUUUCACGUCCUGUAUAGCAUUUCACGCCGUGAUACAGGUAGGUAGUUUUUCUAGCAGAGUUUAUCAAAAUUUCUCUUAAGAAUAAAGCAGUCUGCUCUGUUUUACUCGUUCGAAACUAUUUUAACUGUUCAUGCGAAAGUAAAUACAAGACAAGAUUUUCAUAGAAUCAUUUAUUUCGGACAGUUUGUUUAGCCGUCGUCCUGACGUCGCCGUCUUGCAUUUGUAAACUCCUUAUUAUUAAUUGAUGAGUGAAGCGAGUAUGCAAAGAAUGGAAGGUUGAAGCUUCAAGGGCGCUGUGAGUUGAAUGGUGAGCAAAGGCUUGCAAGAUUUGCCUAUUUAGGGGAGGGGGUGAAUAGGGGUAUACAAAUCCGCAAGCUAUUUCCACAAUCCGAGCCAAAAUAUUAGAUAAAUCCGCAAUCCGCUGUGUUAAUAAGAUCCGCAAAGCCGUGUAAAAUAUUCGCCAGAUCUGAAAUCCGAACAAUAUUUUCUGUGAAAUCAGACGAUCCGAAAACCUAAUUAUUCACCUCCCCCAUUUAGUAUAUCCUAGCUUGCUAGAAACCGUUAUUCCUCAAGGAAAGAUGUGAUGAUUUUUAGGCAUCUAAUCUCACAUGGUCGAGUUCAAAACUGUGAAAACUGUGUUCAAAAGUAUUUUCAGCAUUGAUUUAGUAGGCAGCAUUUUAGAGUUCUGUCAAAGUCAAUUAGACAGACCACUCACUCACUCACUUUGAUAUUUGUUCACCGUAACAAGAAAGAUAGAGUGAAGGAAAUAGUUUUUCCACGAGACAACGGCGCAGAGUGCCGUUUCGCUCCGACUAUUGCCCGUAAAACAACUUGCCCGUUCAGCCAACCAAGAACCAACUUCAGCUUCCCCGUAAUGAUUUUACUCUACUUAUAAUUAAAUUCAAAUAUUUUGAAAACUGCGUCGACGUUAUGCUUGCAGGUGUACGUUCUCUGCUAACAUUAUGUAUAAAUUUUCUUCAAUAGGUUGGUCGUUUGAAAGAAAAUUUGAAUAAAUUUGAAACAGGUGAAGCGACGCCCAUGAAAAAGAGAAAGAUGGAAACACGCAAGACAGAGGAGGUUGAAAAGU